AGGCGGAGCUUGUAGACAACCCUGUUAAAACUUGUCUCCCCACUUACCUGAGCACUUUGGUUCCAGCAGCCUGCCAGCCGACUCGCAACUAGCCAAAAUGAUACCUGGAGGCUUGACUGAGGCCAAACCCGCCACUCCAGAAAUCCAGGAGAUUGCUAAUGAGGUCAAACCACAGCUUGAAGAAAAAACAAAUAGGACUUAUGAACAAUUCGAAGCUGUAGAAUACAAAACUCAAGUAGUGGCUGGAAUAAAUUACUACAUUAAGAUACGAGUAGGUGAUGAUAGUUACAUUCACUUGAAAAUAUUCAAAGGUCUUCCUGGACAAAAUGAGGAAUUGGUACUUACUGGUUACCAGACUGACAAAAGCAAGGAUGACGAGCUGACCGGCUUUUAGCAGGAUAUUCCAAAAGUGGUCUGAUUCCUUCUGCUGGCUACUGAUUAAUGAUAAUGACCAACAUCACCAUCAAUAAAGAAGCAUUCCUUUUCAAUACAUUA